AUGUCGGUCAUCCCUGCCGAAACAGAGGGCCCAUGGAAAAUAUGUGUCAUCAGGACCGUAGCAGAUGAACUGAAAUCCCAUCCGUCGGUGGACACGCCUAGGCGGGCGUCCUCUGCACCAGGCCAGCAUUUUGACGUUGUUAUUCUGGGUGGAGGACAAUCUGGGCUAACUGCGGGCGGUAGACUCCAAGUUCUGGGUGCGUCUUAUGUCAUUAUCGAAAGACAAGCGAACGUGGGCGUAGCUGCAUGA